GACGAGUGCAAAAUGAAUCUAUAUUCGUGCCACAAAUUAGCCCAGUGUGUGAAUAUUCCUGGCUACUACGAUUGCAGAUGUGCCGCAGGCAAAGGAGGCGACGGGCGACAACAUUGUGGUGAGCCUGAGGUGAACUCUACCAGCACCUGUCCAAAUAAGACGGUUGAGCUAACUACAAUAGAUGGCAUUAUACAGUCAAAUAAGCGUGGAGAGCGGUACGAAAACAAUAUGGAUUGUCAGUGGAAUAUAACUUCAAAUGCAUGGGUGGAACUUACAUUCGAUCGUUUUGACACCGAGUUAUAUGACGAUUACCUAACUGUAUAUGAUGGCACAUCACUCUCCUCUCCGGAGAUUGGAAAAUUUAGUGGAUCCACGCGACCUCUUCCUCUCAUCAGCUUAUCAAAGAACCUUUACGUGAGGUUUACAACCGAUGCCGCCCAAAAUAAACAAUACAAGGGCUUUCGUGCAAAAUACCGAGGUAAGAUGUGUUGCAAUUUAACGGAAAAAUAUAUGUCUAAAAUAGCUAAACACUUUUGAUGAUGACUAGUGUGCUGCGCCUAUUUUUUCAAUAAUUAUGACCGAUAAUUGGGUACGCGCAUAAAAA